GUUCCACUCAAAAUAUUAAAAAAAAAAUAUUUCCCUUUCCUCAGACCUCUCUCCUCUCUCUUUUUUUCUUAUCUUCUCUUUCUUAAAAUAUUUCCUUCUCUUUCCUUCUCUUUCCUCAAUCUCUCUCAGAAUUCUCUCUCCUCUCUCUUCAGCAAGGCAAAAAAAUUCCCUUAAAGAGCCCCCGUUCGUUUAACCCAAUCCUCAUAUCUUUGAAAUGGAUGACGAUGGGUUCCGUAACUGGGGUUACUACGAACCAGCGGCUGCUACGUUCAAAGGUAAUCUCGGUUUGCAGCUAAUGCCAAGCAUUGAUCGGAACACUAAACCGUUUUUACCCGGUCGAGACCCGAAUCUAAUGAUCGGGCAGCAAAACGGGCCGUACCACCACCCUGAGCCUCCUCCUAUCAACAACAUGAGCUACAAUUGGAUUAACCAACAGCACAAGGACAAGUUCUUCAACAUGCUGCCUGUAACAACCGCUCCUCAUUACGGAAACAUCCUCCCCGAAACUUCAUCGGCUCCGUCGAUGCGUCACCAUCAUCAAACCACCGAGGAAUACCCGGUUAAAUCCGAACAAGAAGAGAUUGUUCAGACCAACAAGAAGAGAAAGCCUAAUGCAAAACCCGGCGCGGCGACAAAGGCUAAGAAGCCUAGGAAACCAAAAGAGGGGGAGAAGGACAAGAGCACUAAUAACGGUAACGUUUCGCGAGUGAAACCGGCUAAGAAAAGCGUAGACUUCGUUAUCAACGGAGUGAGCAUGGACAUCUCGGGUCUACCUGUACCGGUCUGCACUUGCACUGGAGCUCCUCAGCAGUGUUACCGUUGGGGCUGUGGAGGCUGGCAGUCUGCGUGUUGCACCACGAACAUAUCGAUGUAUCCGUUACCGAUGAGUACUAAACGUCGUGGAGCGAGGAUCUCGGGUAGGAAGAUGAGUCAAGGAGCGUUCAAGAAGGUGCUUGAGAAACUUGCUUCUGAUGGGUUUAACUUUGGGAAUUCGAUUGAUCUUAAGACCCAUUGGGCUAGACAUGGGACUAACAAGUUCGUCACGAUCAGAUGAUUUAGUUUCUUCUUCUUAAUUAGUAAAAAGAAGGAAGAAAAAGAGACAUCUCUUCCGGGAAUGGGGUCUCUCGGUGAUCGUGUGUAUACUAUAACGAAUCUGAUGUCUGUGACCUUUUGAGUUCUGUCUACAAUCUGAGUUUGCAGGUGACCACCAUUUGCUAGAGUCUGUAUGUUUGUCUAAGGGAAGAAGGUGACUGAGAAAUGAAGUUUGUUUUUUUCCCUCCUUUUGUUAUCCUUAUAAAACAUUUUACUGACUUGUAAGUUGUAACAGAUAUUCUUUUAAUUAAAAUGUUUUUAUUUCUCAAAUUCAAAAGGUUCGAAUUAUAUUUUCCUUGACUGA